CAGAACAAACUGGCUUCCUCGUUACUGGCACAUUCAUAGAGCAAUACAGCAGCGGCUUUUCUGGCAGGAUGUGGAAAGGAAUUAUUCUUACUUUUUAUUGUCAUGUUAACUGGUUUUAAACUACGCAUUUAGAACGAGGAGGACUAAAUCUUUUUUGGGGGGGAGCGCAUUAUCUUUGUCUUGAGCUCCUCUUUUUUUUCUUUUUAAAGGCCAGAACAUUUAGAUUAUAAAAGCUAUUAAGAAACCUUUUUUUCCCCCUUUUCUGUAAGAGCAGGAAAUGCCUACAGUCAGUAGGUAUAUGAGUUUUCGUUCAUCAAAGCGGUUUAAGAUUGGCAGCAGUUACCCAGUCGACGGCAGUGGUGGCGGUCUGCCAGCCAAAGUGAAGAAAAGCAGGAGCAGCCUGAGCAAUGGUAGCAUCAAGAAGGCGGAGACGAGGAAAGCUUUGAGUCUAGACACAGCCCAGCUUGAGAUCCAGCAGUCGCACAAAACUCUGACCAGGCAAGUGUCUGUCAGGUCCCAGACUUUUGAUGUGGACCCCAGAGGUGUUGAAAAGACGGAGGGCAGCGGCACACAAACUAGUUUCACAAAGCACAACAAGACAUUCCACAAGUUAUUUCCAAACAUUCCUGAGAAUGAAGAUUUAAUACAUGCAUAUAUCUGCGCCAUGCAGAAGGAAGUGCCCUACCAUGGUCGGCUCUACGUCACUGACACCAACGUCUGUUUCUAUUCCUCAGUUCUGCUGAAGGACACGAAGGUAGUGAUUCCAGUUUCAUCCAUUCACUUAGUGAAGAAGCAGAACACAGCUUUGCUUGUCCCUAAUGCCUUGUCAAUUCGUACCACAGAAGGAGACAAGCACCUCUUUGUGUCGCUGCGAAACAGACAAUCAUGUUACAAGCUUCUGUGCUCUCUCUGUCCUCACAUGGAGGAUGUCAGCACAAACAGCAGCCCUCUCUUCUCCUCAGGCGAAAACAGCUUUGACAAGAAUAAAGUUGUGCAGAACUCCAGCCUAUCCAGUUUGGACGAUAGCUUCGACCAGUUGGAUGGCUCUGAAACUCAAUCUUUACAAGACCAAUCUGUGCAGGGACCCAACAGAGAAGCAGUGCCUAAUGGAAAUAAUCCAACUUUCAGAAGCCUGCACAUGCAAGAAAGUGAUAGUUCAUCCUCUGAAGAGCUCUCAGAGUCAGGUGUGUCCUGGGUCUGGAAUGUGACUGAAAAGGCUAAAUCUCUGCUGGUUCAGAGAGAAGCCAGCACCCUCAACACUCUCCUCUUCAUUUACUUGAUUCUGGUUGUGCUGCUGCUGCUGUCUUCGGGCUACAUCGGUCUGCGUAUCGUGGCACUGGAAGAACAGCUUACGUCCCUCGGUGCGCUGCCUGAGUUCAGCUUACAGAGUAUCACAAAGGAACAUAACACUCAAUGACGGAAGGAGAGAAUGGUCGACUGAUGAUUGGAAGAUAAAGUCAGCCUCUUUUCAACAGAACCCAGAAGUUGAUCUAUGACGUUCUCAGCCUCUGCUUCCAACGUGGCCCGUGCUGCUGCGUAGAGGGAGAGUGGCCAACCUGUGCAAUUUUAGAGGUGUUGACUUGAAGGGCUAUAUUUCCUCCUCGUGCAGUAAACAAAAGAUCACGCCGCGGCUCAGUCACGCAGAGCUAAGCCAAAUGUAUUCUCACACUGCCUGGUUGCAGUGUGUCUGUUGUAAACCAAAGCCAAUGGCUCAAACUCAGUCAGGUGCCGCAUUAGCCAAGCUGGUGGGCACUCUGUUUUCAGAAACUGUUCCACAUCUUUGAACUUGUUGCCCAUUUCCCCCCCCCCCUCAUCUCCCUGAGCAUGCAGUCUAAAGAGGGCUAUACCAGUCAGCAUUAGCCUGCUGUAGUGUGUGUUACUGCACCUCAACACUGGAGACGUAGUGCUAUGCAUAGCCAAAGAUGCACACUGUGCACAUCUUUUGCAUGAGUGCACACAAAAGACUUUUCUAUCACUUAUUUAACCCUCCAUCUCCAUCUUUAAGCUGUAUAGUCAGUCUUGUCUCCAUCUUUAUAUUCUGCUAAUUGUGGGUACUUCAGGUGGGUGUUGUCUAUCUAAUCGGGUAUGGGUUGAAGUGAUGACAGAAAUCUCAAGUGCAGAUCAGCCCACGGAGGCUCUAUACUUUCCUGAUGGUCUUAAUCCUUUCUCUCUUUCUCCAAUCAGUAAUGAUUGCAGUAUUAGUUUUCUCUUUGGCAUGAUUUAAAACUGGUAAAUGAUCAAUGCUCAGAGGUUACUUUUCCAUCAGGCUCUACUGGGUAAUCGCAUCAUCAGUGCACCGAUCUGUGCAAUAGGAUAUGAGGAUGUUGUCUCGGAGGCACAAAUGUGUUUUUAUUAACUGUUCCAUGACUUUGGUCUUCAGGAGUGGAUUUAAAACUUGUCUGCUUUUAAUGUGCCGUCUACCAGGAAGAAGUGCAAACCUCUCGAGGACUAAGCAGCAUUUCUAGAUUGUCUGGUUAUUUCUAAAAGUAGCACCAACAUUGUAUUUCAAAUGCAUGUCUGCAGUUGUUGAGACUCGGCUGAUACUGUAUAUCCAUUGUUGCGCUUGUCACGGGGGGGAGUUUGAAAAACUUGCUGCACGGUCCAAGUUUUCAAAAGUGAAACGUGGUCCAAAAAUAACUUUCAAUAUGCAACAAUUUGUUAUGCAUGGGAAAAAAAUAAUAACUUAUGUUUGUGUGCAGUUUUAAGUGGAGCUUGAUGUUUGUGGGGAAGAAGUUGUGCAAAUAUAAAGAAAAACGGAGUGAGUGAAAGGAACGGCUCAAGAGAGCGAGCGCACUUUAAAAAAAAUGUGUUGUGCCUGUCACAAUCCAAGACACCUGGUUUGGAUUGAGAAGAAAUGGCAAAGCUGGCAUUCUGUGGUAUCUGGUGCUAAGAUUUUAUUUUAUUUUAUUUUUAUAAUUGUUUUCACUCAGGGGUGGUGGGCACUAUCUGCCAUGUGGUUUUAGGUGGACCAGCAUGUCAAUUCAAAGUUGAGUGCCCAUGAUGCAUUUCACAUUUUGCACCUCUUUGGUGGUUUUUAUGUGAACCCUCUCAAGGGAGACAUUCAUACACUCUGUCAGCUUUUCAGAAUGCUUGCUUUAUCUGUUCUUCCCCUGUUUUGAUCAAUUUUAAACUGACCUAAAGACUCAUAUCUGUACCACAUCUCAACAUUUCCUGUUAUAAAGUCCUUCAGAUGAAGUGUAGUAAGUGAGUCAGCUUUUGCUUCAUCCAGGGGAGUCAUUUAUAAUCUUGAAAGGUUUUUGCCAUGCCAUACACAGUACUCAGUUAUUAUAAUCCCCCAGCAGGGGGCAGCACACACAGCCACUGUUCUCAUACGACUCACUUCAAGACUCUGGAUGAGGACAGCAUUUGUGUGAUUUUGCACUAUUCAGUGUUGUAAAUAAUUUUUUACCAGUUGUUAAUGUCCUUAAUUCAACUAUGGUCCUAUAUAUAUUUAUUUGCAUUCUGUGUAAGUCAAAGUAGUCUCUGUGAGAUGGCUUUGCUUUUUGUUCAAAAUAAAAUAUUUCGAAUAA